AUGAACCUUUCGAUGGUGCGAGGAAUGCUUGACCAGGUGGGAAGACGGCGUCCCAGCUACCCGUGGUCGAGUUCAAGUGCUCAUCGCAGUGAUGGCUCGGAGAGCGCCGAGUCCAGCUCGACGUUCUCGACAGGGGCACAACCGAGUGAAGCUUCGGACGUUAAUGACCGUGGUCGAAGCUACAGCAAGCCUCUUCCAGACACGGAGAUGUUGAGAAGAGCACGAGAGGCUCAUAACCACGUCGACUUCAAGGCGUUAGCUGCUGGACCGAAUGCCGGUGGGCCCUGGAAACGCGUAGAGGCUGCCAAUCGAUUCGUGGUUUUCCGUCACCAAGACGCCCAAGUGGGGAUCUUUGUCAAGAGCAGGAUCGAGACAGCGCCUCAAGUGUUUUGUGCCGGCCGCCUUGACGCUUGCAUCGAGGAGGUCCUGCGCAUCUUGUGCCCACGAACUGAAGCUGAACACAGUGCAGUCAUGACGGCGUUAUACGCCAAACGCUUUCUAUGUGGAUCGGUCGAGCGCGUUGUUGAUGUCUCCACUGAAGAUGACGGCGAGCAGCUUGUAGUCAAGACGAGCAGCUUUGCCAACUCCUCUCUCUUCGGUCCCAACGAGCAGUGGUGCUACACCGACUUCUUCCAGCGCAAGCGCGAACGCGACGGAUUCACAAUCUCGCAGAACUCUCUAGGGCGGAAUGAGCCGACUCCGGGGCGUAUGACGGGGACGCACACUCGAGUAGAUCAACUGCAUGACCUCACCGCUGUCUUCCUGGUCGAUCUGGACCCCAGAGGCAAAGGGCUGCGCGUUGUCUACAACGCUAAGUUCUUGGCAGAGUCGCAUGACAGAGAUCGGAGCACCUCGAAUCAAUCCACCAACCCCACUGAAAGUCUCAGCUCACCAACAGCAGACAAGAGUGCUGAGAUCAAGGCACAAGCCCGACGGCUUGAAGCUUUGGCUCGAGGAGUGACGAAGCUCUCGGAGCUCGUACGCCACCGUCGCUUUGGCUUCCAGAUUCCGGCCGACCUCGACGCCAUCGAAGUCGCCAAUCCUCGUUGUCCAUGCUGCACGCGCAGCUUGUCGCCCGUGAAGCUUUCGCUGUCCGUAGCGGCCUCAGCCAUUUCGAAACGGAGCUUGUCGGCGCUGAAGACGGACACCAGACGCUGCUACCUGUGCGGCUAUCUCGUCUGCAUCGACUGCUGGAGUCCCGAGCGCAUGGAGAGUCUCUCUGGACGCGUAGCUGCCAUCAUUGUCUGCAGAAGAUGUCAAGCUUGCGUGGACGCGUGUGACUAUUCCGACAUCUCCACCGACCGAAACCACGGCCCAGCUCGCGUCGUUGAAGACUCUCCAGAGAGCAGUACAACUUCACUCUUGGUCGACUUCCUGUCCGAGUCUCUCAACCAAGCCCGGCCUGGUAGCGCAGAGCGUUCCAACGUAUUCGCCAUAGUCCGCACCCUGCUGGAUCAAGAUCAAAACUCGGACGAAGAGGACAGUGGCGAGGGCGACGACGACAUGGCUUACCUUGAAAACAAGUGUAACGCUGACGCCGUUGCCAAGGUCGGCGAGUUCUUGAGAGACAAAAGCAAGUUUCCGCUGCUCAAAGCCUGUACACUAGGCAACGCCGAACGACGCAGCUACGUGCUGGACUUGCCCGACGAUCCCGAGAAAACGGUCCCGCGCGGCCCGAUACCAAGCAACGAGGGUCGACGCCUGUCAGCCGCGAAAGCCUCUGGCUUGCUCAAGCUUGCGGACCAGUUGGCACCAGCUCAGCCUCGCGACUCCCCGCUAGAACCCCAAAUCGAUGUUCGCGACUUGGAGCUCAUCUGCCAGCUAGCUGCGAAGACCUUGGGCUGCUCGAACGCGAUGAUUUCGGUCAUGGGGGCGAGCCACGAACACGUUCUGGCGUCGACCAACGUCAACUUCAAGGGGGCUGCUGUGCCGCGCGACUACACCAUGUGCCAGCACCAGCUAAUGUCCCAAGAUCCGCUGGUCUUGAUCCACCCCGAAGCCGACGUGCGUCUUCAAGCUAUCGAGACGAUCAAGCUGAUGUCUCUCCGCAGCUACGUCGGCUUCCCGGUCACCGCGCCGCUUGUUGAGUCUUCCAACGAACAAGUCGCAGUGGGCACGCUGUGCUGCAUCGACGACAAACCUCACGCCGAACUCACGCGCUCGCAGUACUCGACCCUCCAGAACCUUGCCCGCACAGCGUCCAGCCUCGUGCAGAUGAAGGGCCUCCAGCUUCAGCAACAAACCGCUGCUCCAGCAUCAUGA